AUGAGAGGCAAUCUCAUCCUUAUCGAAGGUCUCGAUAGAUCGGGCAAAUCCACCCAGGCAACCAUACUAGCAGAAAAACUAGAUGCUCAGUUGAUCAAAUUUCCCGAUAGACUGACCCCCAUCGGUCAGAUCAUCAAUAGGUACCUAGUCGAUCGAGAUUUCCACCUUCCUGACCAAGCUGCUCAUCUUCUAUUUCUGGCUAACAGAUGGGAACUUGCGAAUCUGCUUGUGGAGCUGCUACAAGCUGGCAAAAACAUUGUUAUGGACAGAUACAUAUACUCGGGAAUAGCGUACUCGUUGGCGAAGAAGGGAGCUGAAAUGGACAGUCAUGAAUGGCUUUAUGGUCCCGAUCGAGGGCUUCCAAAACCAGACUUGACACUUUUUCUUACAAUCAGCUUGGAAGAGCUCAGUAGUCGUAAGGGCUACGGAGAGGAGCGAUACGAACAACUUGAGUUUCAAUCGAAAGUCAAGGAAUGCUUCUUGAAAAUAUUGGAUUCUUCGGAUCCCACCAUUGCCAUCGUGGAUGUCGAUGGCCUUCUGAUUGACGAGGUGACGGGAAAGCUAUGGAGUGAAAUCCACAUCAGAGGUCUUGACCAGUCAUCAAAUAACAAAAUCACCUACUUCCAGUAA